UUUCUGUUUUAUUUUCGUUUUGUAUUAUUCUUUGUGAUAACUUAUUCUUGGACUGAGCACGUAUUUCUAACCUAUAAAACACAAAUCAUCACUCAGAAAGCACCAUUAUUGAUAAUUUGAUUAUGAGUCUUAUUACACACUUUGUCAAUCACCGCGCGUUAGUCACAGGUUCUCUAAUUUUGUUAGGGGGCUUGUCUAUUUAUUAUCUUAGUUCAAAAGGCAAGGAGUUCAAUGAUAGAGAUGUCUCAAGUGCGGAUGAAAACCAGUCACAGCAAGAAAAAACAGAAAAGUCAGAGAAAGCAAAUGAAGAAAAACAAGAAUCUGUUGUUGCCGAUCGCUCUGUUGAACCAAUUGAAGAAAAGACAUCAAAGAUCACCGCUGCCGAUAUCAAGAAAGAGUCCGUUACAAUUGUUGAGAAAGGUACCGUCACCGAACCUGAACAGGUGUCUGUUAUUAGUACAGAAGAAGCUGUGAUUAUCAAAGAUGAGCCCACGACUACUACAACUAUUGUUGAGACCACUGAAAAGCUUCAAAUGGAUGAUUCUAUUGUGACCCAUGUUCAAGAGGAAUUUGUUAUUGUUGACAAGGAAACUAUGACGGCUGUUGAGGAUGGACCUGUGAAAUCAACUGAGAAAGAAUCAACUAAGGAAGAAGCAACUAGAAUCAAAACUGAAGAAGAAGUGACAUCCCUUUCAAUUGCUGAAGUACCUACCGCUACCAUUACUGAACCCGCCGCUGAUACCCAAUACGCCGCAAGCAGUGCUGAUGAAAACGACAUUGGUACACCUGAAAACGAACCUGUUGCCAGUAUCCCUACCUUCCGUUCCUACGACGAUAUUCCCGAAUUUAUCCCACAACAAAAGCAGCAGCCAACCCGUAAACGCUCCAAGAAGAGCUUGACCCGUAUCCAGUUAAUUGAACAACAGCGUCAAAACCAUACGCCUACAGUGAACGCUCGAUGCAACCACUGGCCUCGAUGCACCAAUAAACACUGCAAAUACUGGCACCCUUUCAAAAUGUGCCGUGCAGGUGAUUCAUGCUAUUAUGGCAAAAAGUGUAUGUUUGUUCAUCCCUCUGAUUAUCUGGAACAACCAGAAAGAAAGAACUCUUAUCAUGCGCAACAACAACAACAACAUCAACAGCGAGAUCAACAAGAACAACAACAACAGCCACAUCAGCAACAACAGCAGUUUUUCUAGGUAGUUAAAUGCAACUACUUCUUUACCCUUUUCUCCCCCUUCAUUUUCAUUGUAUAUGAGUGCUUUGUGUUUUUUUUUUGUGUGUAUCUCCUUUGCCCUUCUUUUUUACUUAGAGAAAACGAAGAAGACGGGCUAUAUAUAUAAUACUAUAUUUAUAAAUAAAUUCCUUUUUUUAUACAAAG